AUGAAGGUCGCUCUCGUCCUCUUCGCCGCUGCUGCUGCCGUUAUGGCACAGUCAGUCGAUACUGUCUCUGCGACUCAGAGCGGUGUGUGUGAGCCUCACAACGACCACUGGCACUGCCCAGAGGGCGUCGCUGAGCCCACCACCCCUCCAGCUCUCGUUACACCUACAGGAUCUGCUGGAUCUGCCAUUACUUCAUCUUCUUCUCAUUCCCACGACGACGAUGACCAUGACCACGACCAUGCUGCAUCCGGUGGAUCGACUUGCUCUCCCCACGGCGACCACUGGCACUGCCCAUCUGGUGUCGCUAAGCCUACAACGCCACCUGCCGCCGACGCAGCCUCUGCAUCAACAUGUUCCCCACAUGGCGACCACUGGCAUUGCCCGGCCGGUAUCGCUGAGCCUACGACUCCACCUGCAGCUGUCGCAGCUUCUGCCUCUGCUUCAACUACCAGGGCCAGCGGCUCUGCUGCUGGUGCUUCAGCGUCUCCUUCUACGCCGCAGGCAACUGGUGUUGCUGCUAAGGCCGCAACUGGUGCUCUUGCAAUUCUCGGAGCUGUCGGUGCUUGGAUUUUGUAG